AUGCAAGGGAAGCUGGAAGAGCUAGGCAAGUUGUCGGAGCUUGGAAAUGACGACCUCACCGAGCCUGGGAAGCUCGGCGGAGCUAAGAAAGUGGGCGAGCUUGGGAGCGAUGACCUCGUGGAUCUUGGGAAGCUCGAGGGAGCUAAAAAAGUGGGCGAGCAUGGGAGCGAUGACCUCGUGGAUUUUCGGAAGCUCGACGGACCUAAGGAAGCUUGGUGA